GGGCCUGGGGACGUCGCCUUUCUUUACCUUUGCCUGUCUCGGUGGCAUUCCCGCACCUCUGGAUUCCGCAGGUAGCAACAGCUACCUAGGGUGGAGAGCCACGCGGCAGCGCCCGGGGUGCACUUAGAGCUACUACCCUUAAGCUGCGGCCCCGCGGUGGGGCUGGAGGGCUGCAGCCCCCCUCUUCAUGUGUCCGUCCUGUCGGCGGCCGCAAGGCGCACUCGGCUGCGCUCUGGGUGCAGUCGCCCGCGCGGGGGACUGCGGAGCGCCAGGCGGCGGCCGUGCGGCAGAGGACGCCGCGCCGGGGGACACAGCAAUAUGAGGCGCAGGUUACUCUGACGGCACCCGGUGGACUGGCACCGUCCCCCGCCCCCUCUCCGGGGCCUGAGCGUGGGGAGCAUGGAGGAGAGCAAGGACGAGGCGGCGAACCGGGCACAUGCCCUCUUUGACCGCUUCGUGCAGGCCGCCACCUGCAAGGGGACCCUGAAGGCCUUCCAGGAGCUCUGUGAGCACCUGGAGGUGAAGCCCCAGGACUACCGCUCCUUCUACCACAGGCUCAAGUCCAAGCUCCACUACUGGAAAGCCAAAGCCCUGUGGGCGAAGCUGGACAAGCGGGGCAGCCACAAGGACUACAGGAAGGGCAGGGCCUGCAGCAACACCAAGUGUCUCAUCAUUGGAGCUGGCCCCUGUGGUCUCCGCACGGCCAUCGACUUGUCCUUGCUGGGAGCAAAGGUGGUCGUGAUUGAGAAGCGAGAUGCUUUUUCCAGAAACAACGUCCUGCACCUCUGGCCCUUCACCAUCCAUGAUCUGCGAGGUUUGGGUGCCAAGAAGUUCUAUGGCAAAUUCUGUGCUGGGUCCAUCGACCACAUCAGUAUCCGCCAGCUGCAGCUCAUCCUUCUAAAAGUCGCGUUGAUCCUGGGCAUUGAAAUCCAUGUCAAUGUGGAGUUCCGAGGACUUGUGCAGCCUCCUGCGGACCAGGAAAAUGAGCGGAUAGGCUGGCGGGCCCUGGUGCACCCGAAAACCCACCCCGUGUCAGAGUAUGAGUUUGAAGUGAUCAUCGGAGGGGACGGCCGCAGGAACACCUUGGAAGGGUUUCGUCGGAAAGAGUUCCGUGGCAAACUGGCCAUCGCCAUCACAGCCAACUUCAUCAACCGAAACACAACGGCGGAGGCCAAAGUGGAAGAGAUCAGUGGUGUGGCUUUCAUAUUCAACCAGAAGUUUUUCCAGGAGCUGAGGGAAGCCACAGGCAUUGACUUGGAGAACAUCGUCUACUAUAAGGACGACACACACUAUUUCGUUAUGACAGCCAAGAAGCAGAGCUUGCUGGACAAAGGGGUGAUACUGCACGACUACGCCGACACGGAGCUGCUGCUGUCCCGGGACAACGUGGACCAGGAGGCCCUGCUGAGCUACGCCCGGGAGGCCGCCGACUUCUCCACCCAGCAGCAGCUGCCGUCCCUGGACUUCGCCAUCAACCACUACGGGCAGCCUGACGUGGCCAUGUUCGACUUCACCUGCAUGUACGCCUCUGAGAAUGCCGCCCUGGUGCGGGAGCUGCACGGGCACCAGCUCCUCGUGGCCCUGGUUGGGGACAGCCUCCUCGAGCCGUUUUGGCCGAUGGGCACCGGCAUCGCCCGGGGCUUUCUGGCCGCCAUGGAUUCUGCCUGGAUGGUGCGAAGUUGGUCUCUGGGAGCCAGUCCCCUGGAAGUGCUGGCGGAGAGGGAGAGCAUCUACCGCCUGCUGCCUCAGACCACCCCUGAGAACGUGAGCAAGAACUUCAGCCAGUACAGCAUCGACCCCGUCACCAGGUACCCCAACAUCAACGUCAACUUCCUGCAGCCGAGCCAGGUGCGCCAUUUGUAUGACUCUGGGGAAGCAAGAGACAUCCACCUGGAGCUGGAGGGCCUGGCGCAGCCCAGGGCCACCCCCAAGCUGGCUCGCCACGAGUCUGUACCGCGUUCAAACAAACUGCUGAGCUGGUGCCAAAGGCAGACAGAGGGCUACGCAGGGGUCAGCGUGACGGAUCUCACCGUGUCUUGGAAGAGUGGCCUGGCCCUGUGUGCCCUUCUCCAUCGGUACCGCCCCGAUCUCAUAGACUUUGAUUCUCUGGAAGAGCAAAAUGUGGAGAAGAACAACCAGCUGGCCUUCGACAUUGCUGAGAAGGAGCUGGGCAUCUGCCCCAUCAUGACGGGCAAGGAGAUGGCCUCAGUGGGCGAGCCCGACCAGCUGUCCAUGGUCAUGUACCUGACCCAGUUCUACGAGAUGUUCCGGGACUCGCUGUCCUCCCGUGAUGCGACGGCCCUGAACGCUGAGGAGAAGGCCGUGCUGGUAGCCAGCACCAAGUCCCCCAUCUCCUUCCUGAGCAAGCUCGGCCAGACCAUCUCCCGGAAGCGGUCCCCCAAGGAUAAGAAGGAGAAGGACUUGGACGGUGCUGGGAAAAGGAGGAAGACCAGUCAGUCCGAAGAGGAGGAAGUGCCCCGGGGCUGCAGAGGAGGGCGGCCGGCUCUGGGGAGCGCUCUGACUGACCGGAGAACCGAUGUUGCCCUCGGCAACCAGAACAAAGUCAAGUACAUGGCAACCCAGCUGCUGGCCAAGUUCGAAGAGAACGCACCCGCCCAGUCCAGCGGCCUGAGGAGACAGCCGACACAAGAGCGUGGGGCCGGCCAGCUGUCCUGCGGCCGACCUGGGCAGGGCCGCCCUGCUCCCACCCCACAGUGGAAACAGCGGCAGGGGAAGGAACGUUCGCGGACCUGUCCCAAAAAAGUGAUCACACUCUCUCCACCCCCCACUCCACCUCCCUGCCGGGCUUGUGGAGGCCAGCAGACACACAGGGACCGUGAUGCCGGCCACCGUGGCAAGCAGCGUCCCCACCAUGAGCGGCCAGAGUCUGAACCUUCCCGUCGAUCUUUUGUCGACCAGUGGGAGCUUUCUCUUAGCCUCCGUUCCUCCGGCCGCCCCGCCUCCCCCUCCUCCGAUUCCCUGCGACAGAAGUAUAUAAAGAUGUACACGGGUGGAGUGAGCUCAUUGGCUGAGCAGAUAGCCAAUCAGCUUCAAAGGAAAGAACAGCCCAAAACCCUUCUAGACAAGAAGGAACUGGGCUCCAUGAAGAAGGAGUUCCCGCAGAACCUGGGAGGCAGCGACACCUGCUACUUCUGCCAGAAGCGGGUGUACGUGAUGGAGCGGCUGAGCGCCGAGGGCAAGUUCUUCCACCGGAGCUGCUUCAAGUGCGAGUACUGUGCCACCACGCUGCGCCUGUCCUCCUACGCCUACGACAUUGAGGACGGUAAAUUCUACUGCAAACCUCACUACUGUCACCGCCUGUCCGGCUCCGCGCAGAGGAAGAGGCCAGCGGUGACCCCCCUGCCUGGGAAGGAUGCCCGAGCACCCCCGCCGGAGGGCCCCGUGGCAGAUGCAAGUGGACGGGCCAGCGGGGCUGCUGGCUCUGCAGAGAGAACUCCAGGGUCCAGUGUGAAUGGCCGGGAGGAGCCCAGUGUCGCCAAGCGGCUGCGUGGCACCCCCGAGAGGAUCGGGCUGGAGAACUGCCGCCUGUCCCUGCAGCAGGCCGCGGAGCUGCAGGAGGUGCCCGAGGAGACGCAGGCCGAGCACAACCUGAGCAGCGUGCUGGACAAGGGCCUGGAGGAAGACGCAGCCAGCAGCAGCUCCGAGUCCGAGAUGGAGGAAGAGGAGGACGAGGAAGAAGAGCCCCCGCUGCCCACCUCCGACCUGGGUGGCGUUCCCUGGAAGGAAGCUGUGCGGAUCCAUGCUCUGCUCAAAGGGAAAAGCGAAGAGGAGCUGGUCACCUCUAGGAGCCGGGAGCCUGGGGAGGAGGAGGAGGAAGAGCAGGAGGAAGAGGAGGAGGAGGAGGUGGAGGAGGAGGAGGAGGAGGAGGAGGAGGAGGAGGACUACGACGCGGAGAGCCAGAGGCUGCUGCAGGCCCUGAGCUCGGCCGACCCCCUGGAGAUCCAGGCGGAUGUGCACUGGACGCACGUCCGGCAGAAGGAGGAGGAGGAGUGCACAGCGCCCAGCUCCGCACCCUCCACUUCCCGAGCGCCUGACCUCCCCUCCGUGCGCCGUGCAGCCGUGCAGGCCUGGCUGGAGACAGUGUCCGGAGGCCCAUCAGAUGAGCAUGACCUGGAGGAAGAUGUGGACUCGGAGCCAGCGGAGAUAGAAGGGGAGGCCGCUGAGAACGGGGACACAGGGGACACUGGUGCGGAGCUGGAUGACGAUCAGCACUGGUCUGACGACAUCCCCUGGGAGGCCGAGGCCGAGGUGCACAGGCAGCUGCCGGCGGCGGCAGCCACGGAACUGGAGCUGAAGGUCUCGGAGGACCAGGCAGCUUGGCCCACUGCCUCUCCGCAGCCCCGAGGGAGAGGUCCCUCCCAAGUCUCCAGUCCCAUCCGGUCCACUUUGGAAGAAGCUGCUCUGUUCCACCGAGUCCACAGCCCCACGGCCGAGGGGGCCCGGGUCCCACUCCUGUCUGAGGUUGCCAGGUUGAAAUCGCCCGAGGAACGCCUCUUCCCAGAGCUCUCGCUCCCCAGAGCAGACGUUGCUGCUGACCAGAAAGCCACGCCCUCUGCCGUCCAGACCCCGCCAGCAGCCCUGCCGCCUCCUUCCCCACUGGCCGCCUCUACCCCACUCCCCAUUUGCUCCCAGCCACAGCCUUCCUGUGAGGCCACCGUCCCAUCCCCCACCUUGUCCCCCAUAUGCUUCCAGCCUGGGCCAGCCAAGACGCCCACCCCUCUGGCCCCCGUCCCCAUGAAGAACCAAGGGGACGCCCAGGACAGGCUGGGCAGCCCUCCGGCUGCGGACGAGGCUCUGCGGCGGAGUGACCUGGUGGCCGAGUUCUGGAUGAAGAGUGCGGAGAUCCGCCGCAGCCUCGGGCUCACGCCCGUCGAUCGGGGCAAGGGGCCUGAGCUCAGCUUCCCCUCACCUGUCUUGAAGCCGGUGUCCCUCAAAUCCUAUUCAGUGGAGAAGUCCCCUCAGGGUGAGGGGCUCCAUUUCCUGAAAGCUCCACCUGUUCCCAAGAGACUCGGCCUCCCGAAGUCGGAGAGUGACCAGCCCUGCCCGCCGACGCCCAAGUCCCCGUCCGACCGUGAGCUGAGGAGCGCCCACGAGGAGCGGAGGGACCUGUCCAGCAGCUCCGGCCUGGGCCUGCAUGGGGGCUCCUCCAACACGAAGACCUGGGGCAGCCAGAGCCUCAACACCUCGGACUCCGCGGUGCUCACGCCCCCCUCCAGCCCGCCCCCGCCCCCACCGCAGGGCGAGGAGCCCGCCACUCUGCGCAGGAAGCCCCAUCAGAUGCGUGAGCGUCAGGAGACGGAAGCCAAGGCCUCAGGGAUCCCACCGCCCCCACCGGCCACUGCCCUGCGGCCGCCCCGGGAGCCAGACCAGCCCCCCCGGGAGGAGGUGCGGAAGUCGUUCGUGGAGAGUGUGGACGACAUCCCCUUCGCCGAUGACGUGGAGGACACGUAUGAGGACAGGACCGAGGACUCAAGUCUGCAGGAGAAGUUCUUCACGCCCCCGUCCGGCCUGCCCCUCUCUGAGAAACCGCUCCGGCCAUCCUCGGCCAAGGAGAAUGGUAGGUUGCCCAGUCUGGAGAGUGGGGUUCACCUGCAGAAGAGGGGGCUGCCCGUCGUCUCUCCGGAAGCCAAGGAGCGGGCCGAGGAGCGCAUGCGGGCCCGGGAGAGGUCUGUGAAGAGCCAGGUGCUGAGGGACGCUAUGGCCACGCAGCUGCGUCAGAUGAGGGAGAUGGAGACGGGGGCCAAGGCCUCCAGGCCCCCUGGGGGCACCGGCCGCAAAGCCUCCUCAGGGCCCUCCAAGGGCAGAGGCCCAGGCCUCACGCCCCACAGAGUUCCGGAAGAGCCCACCGCCAAGCACAAAGCCACCAGUGAAGAGCUCCUGUCGCCCGUGUCCGACUCGGGGCCCCCCGAUGGCUCGCUUACCUCCUCUGAGGGCUCCAGUGGGAAGAGCAAGAAGAGAGCGUCACUCUUUUCCCCACGCAGAGCCAAGGGGCGGGCAGCCAAGGGGGAGGGUCGGGCCCCUGAGAAGCCCAGCCCAGACCUUCCAGAGGAGGCAGCCACCAAAUCCAGGUCCUUGUGGAAGUCGGUCUUCUCUGGGUACAAGAAGGACAAGAAGAAGAAGGGAGACAACAAAUCCUGCCCCAGCACCCCCUCCAGUGGGACCACCGUGGACUCAGGGAAGCACCGGGCAUCGCCCAGGCUGAAAGCAGAGUUGCAGCUCCGACGCCAGCUCAGCUUCUCAGAGGACUCGGACCUCUCCAGUGAUGAUGUCCUCGAGAGCGCCUCCCAGAGGUCGAAGCGAGAGUCGGUACCUUUGCCCCAGGCCCUGGCGUCCGGGAGGCCGUGUGCACCGAAGCCGAGAACUUACACGGAGGAGGAGCUGAGCGCCAAGCUGACGCGGCGGGUGCAGAAGGCAGCGCGGAGGCAGGCCAAGCAGGAGGAGCUGAAGCGCCUGCACCGAGCCCAGAUCAUCCAGCGGCAGCUGGAGCAGGUGGAGGAGCGGCAGCGGCACCUGGAGGAGAGAGGGGUCGCGGUGGAGAAGGCACUCCGUGGGGAAGCAGACUAUUGGGGAGAGUCUUGUUACAGUGGCCUCAUCGACUUGCAUCUGGGUGGCAUGGGCAAGAAGGACGACCCCAAGCUGAUGCAGGAGUGGUUUCGGCUGGUGCAGGAGAAGAACGCCAUGGUGCGCUAUGAGUCGGAGCUGAUGAUCUUUGCCCGGGAGCUGGAACUGGAGGACCGGCAGAGCCGGCUGCAGCAGGAGCUCCGGGAGCGGAUGGCCGUGGAAGACCACCUGAAGACAGAGGAGGAGCUGUCGGAGGAGAAGAGGAUCCUGAACGAGAUGCUGGAGGUGGUGGAGCAGAGGGACGCCCUGGUGGCCCUGCUGGAGGAGCAGCGGCUGCGAGAGAAGGAGGAGGACCGGGACCUGGAGGCCGCCAUGCUGUCCAAGGGCUUCAGCCUGAACUGGUCCUGAGCGCCUGCCACACACACUGGCUGGUCCGUGGCAUCCGCCGACCUAGCUGGGCCCUACAGACCACCCAGGCCAGAGAGCCGGGCAGGCUGGUGCCUCCUGGGCGUCCAUGCGCCUCUCAAGCAGCAGUCAGGCAUCUGUGCAGCGCAAAGCCCGGGAGGAGGUGAUUAACUACGGCGGCUCUGCCCCAUUCAUCCGACUUCCCCCCCCAGGGAGUGAAAGUCAUGAGGGCAGUGGUUCCACUCGGGGAGAAGAAAGGACCUCGAGGUCCCCCUGGAUGCACAGGGACAGGCGCCCCUUCGCAUGCAGCCACGGGUAACAAGAGAAGGAAGUUGCUGCCUCUGUCGAAUCCAUAGCCACCAGAGUGCACCCCACACAGAGAAGAGGCCAGUCUUCACGGCCCUGAAGCGCCACCAAAGAAAUGGAGGAGACAGCCCAGGAAGCUGCCUGUGAACUAAGAGCAGAAGGGGCCGCGCCAGGCAGGGCGCCACUGGCCCCGUGUCCAAGUGCAACGUGCAAGUAAGGAGGUCUCACGAGGGGCCUGCUCCCAGCCCCACACCACACACUGGACUCCACGUGGCCAAAAGCCCCAGGCCUGUCUCUGACUGUGGCCUGAGGCCUGUGUGUUGCUGCAUUUUGCUUGUGCUUCACAACCAUUGGAACACUGGAAAACCCCGAUUCUGGGCGCCGUGCCAGGCCCCGAGGAUGGAGCCGCCGUCCCGGGCGGGAGUCACCCUGCUGGCGUUUCCCAAGUUUGCACAUUGAAAUGAAGCUGACAAUCCAGCAAGACACUCAGACGCUUCAGACUCUUUUGUCAAUUAUUUUUUUAAUACUUGAAAAAAAAAGACUUCUUUUUUAUACCUUUACUAGGGACACUGGUCACCUGGCAUCUGGUUGGGGGCGACAGGCAUCUCCGGUUGCUGCCCAAGCGCUGGCCAUGCCGCCUGUCGGCCGCCCUUCCUCACGGCACCCUGUCCUCCUGCUGGCGUCAAACCUGAGGCCGACACCACCCAUCAGGAGGGCAGUGCAGCAGAGUGCGUGGCAGCCUGUCUCUCCCAGUGGGAACCCGGCUCUGCAGAACCCAUUUUCUUCCGUUUUCGGUGCCAGGGUUUUUUACCUCCUGCAACAUGUUUAUUGGAGGAAGUUGAGGGUAGGCCCUCCUGCAGGCUGGCUGACUCGGUGCCUGGUGGGCCCACCCGAUUGGGAUUCCCUCCACCCAGCCUCAGAUCCAACCAGAGAAACAAGCAGGUGGGGGCCGAGCCGUCGGGGUUCAGGCUGGUUUCUCCAGGACAGACCGUUCAGGUCCUGGGUCUUCGUGGGGAGACGAGGGGUGAUUCCUAUGGCUCAGCCACAGGAUGAGGGGCCUGGGCAGCGGGACGUCACUCGGCCGUGCACAGAGUUAGCCCACCCGUGCGAGGCCAGUCUGGGGGUCCUCCAGCCGACUCCCGUGCAGAGCAGCCAACACCCAGAGAGCCAAGCCCGGAGGCUCAUCCAGGCCACCUGAGGGCCGGCAGACCGGGCAUCCUUGCUGACCUCGGACUUCCACGGGGAACCACACUGUGCCUCACUGUGAACAUCCGUCCUCGCCGCAGAGGAUCAGAGCGCCUGUCUCACCCCUCACAUGGCCCCAGUGUCGCCGUCCCCUCCUGUGGGUGGCCGGGGCACUGCCAGCCGCCUUCAUGGGUCUGCCUCCGGCCCUGCUUGCUGCAAGGCCGGCAGAUUUCUGUUUUUAUUCUCUUUUCUAAAAAGGGGAGAGAAGGGUAUUCUAGAUUCCAUCUUUAACCCAACCUUCCAUCACAUUGGACAGGACCUUUGUCGCCCGUGUGGCCUUUGGCAGACCCUCCACCUCUCGGAGGCUUGGAGCCUGGCUGUGCCCCGGGAGAGAAGCCGCUCCCUGACCCCACGUGUGCAGCGUGGUGGAAGGGGCGUGGCCAGCACGGCCCCCUCUGAGUGGCCCGAUGCCUCGGGGUGUGCGGGGUUGCUGCUGCCGGAGCUGCUGGCCCGAGCUGCCCCCUUCUGGAAUGCACGCUGCUUCCUCCCACCCCUGGAACAGGGCUGAGGACUUCGCCAAGAAGCUUUAACACCCAGGAGCCUGUACAGGGUUCCCCAGCACUCCACUCCCACACAGCACUCUUUUUAAAGCUCCUGUUUUAUAACCACUAGUUUGCAGUUUAUUUGGAGCCCUGUGACAUGCUACAUGCUGUGUUCUCCAGCUCUGGAAGUGCCUGCAGCCCCAGGCAGGUCUUCCUCCUGAGGGGUAGGUCCCCUUGGAACGGGACAGACAUUUAUGGAAAUGCCCGAGGUCGAGUGAGCUCGGACGCAGCCAACACCGCGGGUCACCGCAGGGCCCCCACCCGAACCUGAGUCACCAUGGUGGGGGGCUGAGAGCAAGUCCUUGCCCUGCUCAGGGGCCGCAUCAGGCCUUCGCCCUAGGAGCCAACUUCCAGCUUCUUCGACCAGCAGUGACAGACGAUUCUUCCAAAAGAAAUUUUUCAGUGGGGCAGGAGAUCAACUGAAAGAAAAAAUUUAUAAAGUAACACCUGAGCUACAAAGGGGAAUGGGCCAUUUUGUGCGCAAUAAAUGUUUUCAAAGAAA